UGGCUGCUGUGUACGUGGCGCUGGUCCAAGAGCUGAAAAUCCAAAAGUAAAAGUCACAGCUCUCCAAAGAGGUCAUAGCCUGUAUGGUAAGCAAUCAGAUAAGUUCAAUGAAAGCGUUAAGUAUUAUUAAGGAGGUGUGAGCACUGGGGGGUCAAAAAGGUGUGGCGAGUACUUCCGCUGGGAUGGCAACUGGGAAGGCUUCCCUGAGGAGGUGACAGUUGAUCUGAGGAGAGGCAGAGAAGAGAAAACCGGUGCGGGGAAAGAAGAAACAUCAACAAAGAGACCAGGCAAGGAGAUAAAGGGAAAAGAGGAAAGGCUCGAUGCUAUCGGCGCUCCCGAAUCCGGCGUCGACUGCUAAGGUCUGCGCGCGGUCACCGCCUCCUCAUUUCCAUCCAGUCCCCUCCCCUCCCCGCGCCUCUGCCGCCCGCCCGGCCUGCGCGAGCUCCGAGGCUUCGGUCUCGUAGCGGACGCCAUGUACCGGCUCCUGUCAGCCGUGACGGCCCGGGCCGCGACCCCCGGAGGCUGGGCCUGGGGCCGCGGGCGGCGCGCGGCCCACCACCGCGCUGGCCUGCCGCCCCUCGGCCCCGGCUGGGUCGGGGGGCUGGGGCUGGGGCUGGGGCUAGCGCUCGGGGUGAAGCUGGCGGGCGGGCUGAGGGGCGCCGCCCCCACGCAGUCCCCAGGGGCCCCCGACCCCGAGGCGUCGCCCCAGGCGGAGCCGCUGCCGCCGCAGGAGCAGCCCCUCGCUCCGUGGUCUGCACAGACCCCGAUGCUGCCCCCUACCCGGCGCUUCGCCAGAGCCAUCGACAGCAGCCGCGACCUGCUGCACCGGAUCAAGGAUGAGGUGGGCGCCCCUGGCAUAGUGGUUGGAGUCUCUGUAGAUGGAAAAGAAGUCUGGUCAGAAGGUUUAGGUUAUGCUGAUGUUGAGAACCGAGUACCCUGCAAGCCAGAGACUGUUAUGAGAAUUGCCAGUAUCAGCAAAAGCCUCACCAUGGUUGCUGUUGCCAAAUUGUGGGAAGCUGGGAAACUGGAUCUUGAUAUUCCAGUACAACAUUAUGUUCCUGAAUUCCCAGAAAAAGAAUACGAAGGUGAAAAGGUUUCUGUCACAACAAGAUUGUUGAUCUCCCAUUUAAGUGGAAUUCGUCAUUAUGAAAAGGACAUGAAAAAGGUGAAAGAAGAGAAAGCUUACAAAGCCUCGAAGAUGAUGAAAGGGACAGUGGAAUCUGACCACGAAAAAGAGUUCAAAGAAAAAGGAGGCAAAAGUAAUGAAAAGAGUGACUUUGCUAAAGCUAAGAUAGAGCAAGAUAAUGAUGCCAAAGGCCGGAAUUUAAAACCUGGCAAGAAAAAGAAUGAUUUUGAACAAGGCGAAUUAUAUUUGAAAGAAAAGUUUGAAAAUUCAAUUGAAUCACUAAGAUUAUUUAAAAAUGACCCUUUGUUCUUUAAACCUGGUAGUCAGUUUUUGUAUUCAACUUUUGGCUAUACCCUACUGGCAGCCAUAGUAGAAAGAGCUUCAGGAUAUAAAUAUUUGGACUAUAUGCAGAAAAUAUUCCAUGACUUGGAUAUGCUGACAACUGUGCAGGAAGAAAAUGAGCCAGUGAUUUACAAUAGAGCAAGAUUUUACGUUUACAAUAAAAAGAGACGUCUUGUCAACACACCUUACGUGGAUAACUCCUAUAAAUGGGCUGGUGGUGGAUUUCUGUCUACAGUGGGUGACCUUCUGAAAUUUGGGAAUGCAAUGCUGUAUGGUUACCAAGUCGGGCUGUUUAAGAACUCACAUGAAAAUCUUUUACCUGGAUAUCUCAAACCAGAAACGAUGGUUAUGAUUUGGACACCAGUCCCUAACACAGAGAUGUCUUGGGAUAAAGAGGGUAAAUAUGCGAUGGCAUGGGGUGUCGUGGAAAAGAAGCAAACAUAUGGUUCUUGUAGGAAGCAACGGCAUUAUGCCUCACAUACUGGAGGUGCAGUGGGUGCCAGCAGUGUCCUGCUGGUCCUUCCUGAAGAACUGGAUGCGGAAGCUAUAAAUAACAAGGUUCCCCCAAGAGGAAUAGUUGUUUCUAUCAUAUGUAACAUGCAAUCGGUUGGCCUCAACAACACUGCUUUAAAGAUUGCUCUGGAAUUUGAUAAGGACAGAUCUGACAUAUCUUAACAUCACAGGUAUAAAAUGAGCUGUUUUAUUCUUGUUGUUGUCUUUGGAAACAUGAAUCCCAAAAUACAUGAGGUUUUUUAAAAAUAGAUUUGUAAUAGAGUAUAAUUGAAUGCAGAGAAUUAUGUACCUCUAAUUGCUUACUUUUGUAAUUGUCUUUUAUUGUAGGAUUAGUUCUUUAUACUCAGGGAAGUAACUAUUAUUUUUACUUUUUGAAAAAACGUGUUAAUUCUUGAAUAAAAUAUUCUGAUAAAAAAUAUAUUUUUGAACGUGUAAUAUAAAGCAAAUGUCAUUCUACAGGAAAGUUCAAAUACUGUUAUUUUAAUAUGACAGCAGAAACAAGUUUAUGAGAAACUGUAUAUUAUCUAUUGCAGUUUAAAAGAACAAAAAAUUAACUCAAGGUUUCUGAGGCUUAAGAAUUCAGUAGCCUGGCUGGGUGAGUCUGGCACCAGUCUCUAAUGAGGUUGCAGACAAGAUGUAGUCAUCUCAAGGCUUCUCCUGAGCUGGAGGAAAUUCUUCUAAAAUGGCUUACUCGCUUGACUGGUGGUUAGAGGUCUCAGUUUCUCACCAUGUGGGCCUCUCCGUAGGACUGCCUAAGUAUCUUAGUCUCAUGUUAAUUGGCUUUUCCCAGAGCAAGUGAUUCGAGGGACAUUGAGAGAGAGGGACAGAGAAAGAGGGAGGGAAAGAGGGAGAGCCAUAAGCCAGGCAGAAGUCAGUGUCUUUUAUAGCCUAGCCUCAGAAAUCAUCUACCAUCACAGAUGCUAUAUUCUCUAGAUCACACAGACCAGCCAUGAUACAAUCUUGGAGGGAUUACACAAGGUAUGAAUAUUAGGAAGUGGAUGGAGAUCAUGGGGGGUCAUCUACCACAGUCUGACCUCUGCUCUAAAAAUCGUAAGAUUUUUUAUGUUCUCAGCAUAACAACCAACUGAGAAAAAGGCACUGAUGUCUUCAUACUUCUCUCAUUUUGAAAAAGGCAAUUCCUGUGAGCAAUGAAUCAGAUCCUGCUUGAUGCUGUGGUCCUAUCCGUUCGAGCUCUAACUGUUCAGCAACUUCCUGUAAACCACCUUUGAGAUUUUUGCAGCUCUUCAUGAGGUACUUCACAUCAUAUAUGACAGGAAAAAAUAAUCAAAGGAUCUCCAAGAAGUCAAGUUCUUCAGGCAAGUUAGAGUUGGUCAGGAUUUUCAUUAAAUAGCCAAGGUCAUAACCACUAUGAAAUGAUAACCAUUUGACCCCUUCACAGAGGACCACUCCCGAUGUCAUAAGAAGUUCUGCAAAGUACUGGGUCUCAAUUCCUUCCUCCUCAUGUUUCUUAAACUGGAUGCCAGAUGUUGUUAGUAGCUCUAUAGAGUCCUGGGCAUACAUGUCCUCCGUCAAAUUAAAUUUAAAAUUAAACUGCCAAGUUGAAGUUCCCUGGAGGGUAUUCUCCUUGCUCAUUCACAAAUGUCAGUCCUAGCUGAAUUAUCUUUAACAAGUCUACAUUAAUGUCCUUUCUACAUACAAAAUACGCUUACCUCCUCCCAAGUUUUCCAGAAAUUUCUUUCCAUUAUAGUAUCCGCUCAUAGCCCAGUAUCUAUCGUGUAAAUCCGGUCUAGGUAUGGAUAAGGUUCCUUGGGGGUAGUUCCUGAAGUAUAGUUCCUCUGUAUCUGAGAUCUGUGAACUAAAGACAAGUUAUUUGCUCCCCACAUGUGGAACAUGCAAUGGCACAACAUAUGUACAGUUAUUGCUAUAGACCCUCCUCUUCAGAAAGUAGGGAAACGGAAGACAUACAUGAGUUCUAGCAAUUCUGAAAUCCAACCAGACGCAGGUUGGCAGCUCCUUGAUUAGUACUCAAGGCCUGGGGAUAAUUCUUUGUUCUUGGCUAUAUUCUCCAGGCCGCUGGUUCCGCCCACUGAGUUAUAAUUUGUUCAUGAAAGGUAGCAUGUGUUGGUAGCUGAGUGGCUUUCUCAGCCUGCUUUCUGCUCAUAUAAGUUUGAGGCCCAAAGGCCUCUUUUGUGCUCUGUCCUUUCAGUCUAAGUAGUGUUCCUGCCAAUAUAAUUUGUUUCAACCUGGCAAGUUUCCUACAAAUCUCACAGGGAGGUGGGGUGGGGGGCAGGUUCAUGUUAGUAAACAUUAGAAACACUUGUUUCUAAUAAACCCUGUUGUUUAUAUAGCCCUCUGAGGCACCAUCUUGGUUCUUCCAGCAGUGAAAGGAUUUUAUAGUCAGGACCUCAGCUUCAUCUUUAAACCAUGUUUUCCAGGAAGUGCCCUAAAUUUUAUCUUUGCCUUGAAGCCAUUUCUUAAUUUCAGCUUCAUUUGCCAUCUGGAGAGUCUGGGAAUUUUCCAAACCAUCCAUUAUUGAUUCUUUUUAUCAAGUAGUCCUUCCUUUAGCUUAUGUCUCUCGUGCCUUGGUAUAAGCAGCAGGAAGAAGCCAGGAGGCACAUUGAACACUGGACAUCUCAGCUGGAUUCCCCCGUUUACUGGGCACAUUUUCUACUUUCUGUGUUCCUGCAGGCCAAAAGUGUUUCUGCCACUGCAAAAUUAGAAUUCCUUUCCUCCGAUUUCCAAUAAGAUUUUCCUUACUGUCCUUUAAGGCCACAGCUUCAGCCUCAAAGGCCAUCAUGCUUCUGAAGGGUUUCUUCGAGGCUCCUGAGGUUUUCACUAACACCCUCUUCAAAGUCCAUCCAACUUCCAGCCCCUGCUCUGUUCUAAAUCCACUCCCACAUUUUGGGUUUCUGUUACAGCCACACUCUAUUUCCAGGUCACAAAUCUGUAAUGUGAAAAAACACAUACUUCAGAUACAAUUCACAAUUCAUAUACCUUAAAAUUCACCCUUUUAAGGCGGUACAAUUCAUUGGUUUCUAGUAUAUCCACAGGUGUACACCCAUUCAAUUCCAGAACAUCUUCACCCCAAAAAAGAAAUACUCAUUACCAAUUGCUCCCCAUUCCUUUCUCAUCCGAGACCAUGGAAACCACCCACCUACUUUCUGUCUCUUUGGAUUUGCCUAUUAUGGACAUUUCACAUCAAUAGGAUCAUCCAAUAUGUGGCCUAUUUCGUCUGCCUUCUUUCAUUUUGUACAAUGUGCAUUAGUUAUCUAUUGCAUUAACAAAUUAUCCCAUCUCACAAUUUCUGUGUUUCACAAAUGUGGGCGCAGCUAAACUGAAUGGUUGUAGCUCAGGGUCUGUCCUGUGGUUACAGACACUAUGUGAGCAAAACCUUCAGUCAUCUGAAGGCUUGCCUGGGACCAGAGGAUCUUAUGUUAACGUGGCUUCCCCAUGUGGCUAUAGGCAAGAGGCCUCCAUUACUUGCUACUGGCUUAAGGCAAGAGAUCUCAGUUUCUCACCACAUGGACCUAGCCAUAGAUCUGCUUGAUUGUCCUAUAGCAUCCCCAAAGUUGAGUAAUUGAAGAGAGGACGAGGUAAACGCCACAAUGUCUGCUAUAAUCUAGCCUUGGAAGUCCUUUACCAUCGCUUACGACAAAUUCUUCUGAUCACACAGACCAACCCUGAUUCAGUGUGGGAGACUGGCUCCGCAGAUGGUUUCUUAGAGCGUUGACAUAUUAGGAAAUUUUAUUGUAACAGCCAUAGACGAAUAUAUUGGGGAUACACUCAAUUCAGGAAAAUUCAAAAAGAUAGCAAAGUUUUCCUACACUCUAAUAAAAGAGGGGUUUUCUAUACUUCUGAGCCCUAAGCCUGUUUCUUCACUUUCCACUUUGAUCUGUAAAGGUAAAUACAUGGAUGUUUCUGAGUUGGUUGAAGUAUAGAGAAAGCAGCUCUCUCACUAUAACUGAUCCAUUUGAUCUCCUUAUUCCUUUCUGGCUUCUGAUCUCUAAGUCUUGUAUUCAUAUUUGUCAAAGUUUUCAAUCCAUGCUGUUUUUGAUAAACGUGAAAAGGUCAUGCCUUCUUUUAAUUGAUUAAAUUUAAUGUUUAAAUUUUAAAAUAUGUUGUGACUAAAAGCAAUAAAAUUAUGGCAACUUAUUUAUUUUUAAUGUUUAUUUAAUUUUGAGAGAGAGAGAAAGAGAGCACAAGUGGUUGAGGGGCAGAGAGAGACAGAGACAGAGACAGAAUACACUGUCAGUGCAGAGAGCCCACUGUGGGACUCUGACUCACGAGCCAUCAGAUGGUGACCCAACCCAAAAUCAAGAGUUGGAAGCUUAACCAACGAGCCACCCAGGCACCCCAAAAUUAUGGUAAUUUAAGAAAAUGGGGGUGCCUGGAUGGCUCAUUCAGUUGACCAUCAGACUUUAGCUCAGGUCAUGAUCCCAUGGUUGUUGAGUUCUAGGCCCACAUCAGGCUCACUGCUGUCAGCGCAGAGUCUGCUUUGGAUCCUCUGUCCCCCUUUCUCUGCCCCUCCCCUGCUUGCGUGCGCGCGCUCUCUCUCUCUCUCUCUCUCAAAAGUAAAUAGACAUUUAAAAAAUAAAAAUAAAUCAAUGUUUCUGAUACUGAAAGAUACAUACGCUUGCAACCUGAUCAUGUGAUGUUAUUGUAUGCUUCAAACUUGUGUACAGACUGCAGAGUGAACUGCUCAGAGGCUCCAAAGUGCGGACAUUUGAAUUAGGGGAAAAGGAUGAGGAAAGAACGUUAUCUGGGCAUUGGGGAGAAGUGCCCUGUGACUGAACUAUAGGUGCAGGAGGAUCCACACAGUGUGAAGAGCCUGUGAAUUUAGUGAGUGUGUAUUAUGAACAAGGCACUUGCUUUAGAUGUUUUUCAUCUUCUGUAGGAUUCUUAAAGCUCUGAGAAGAGCUGUGAACUUGCUCAGAAAAUGAGGUGCUAUGCAAAUGUCAGGGCUUUGCAGACCCUAGAUUAAGAAUUCCUGUUUUAGAAAAAGAAAAAGAAAAAGAAAGAAUUCCUGUUUUAGAUAUUUUUGCCAUGAUAACUUCUUUUCUCAAUAUUGUUAGAAACAGUCUUGAUAAAUGUACAUAUCUCCCAGAGUGCUAUCUCUGGUGUGGCGGAUCCUUAAUAUUAGGGAAAAGAACUAAAGAGAACUUGACACAAGUUUCUUGUAUUUGGGGUUGUUGUUUUGUUUUGUUUUGUUUUUCCUGCAAUUUACAAGUUGUCAAGGUGAUCAUUAGCUACAAAUUAUUUUCCUUACCUUCCUGUAUUAAACUGAUCUUUUAUUUUUAUUAAACUUUUGUGAAGUCAGAAAAAAAGCAGAAAGCACACGAGUCAUAUGGCAAUCCCAAUACCCAGAAUUUAAAAUGUUAACAUUUCAUUAAAUUUUCUUCAUUAAAAAAAAUAGUAUCAUAAGAGAUAAAGCUGAAGACCCCUUCAUGCCAAACCCAAAGUUCCAGCCCUUUUGCCCUACAGGCUACAGCUAUCAGGAAUUGGUAUUUACCCUUCCAAUUCCUUGUUUAAUUCUUUCACAGCCAUGUAUGUAUCCAUAUCUAAUAACAGUAUUAACUUGUAUUAUUUACAUUUAUAUAAAUAGCAUCAUUGUAUACAUGUUUUAUACAUUCCCUUUUUAAAUUUAACAUUGUUCAGUGAUCUGGCCAGUUUAUUUUAACUGCUGUAAAAUAUUACAUUGCUUAACUAUAUCGCAUAAUGUUUUCUUAUUGACAGAUUUUUUUUUUUAGUAGGCAGUGCUGUAAGGAACAUCUUUUUCUUGGUUGGACCAUAUGAAAUUGCUGUUUUUGUAGGUCAAAAAUAUUUGAAUAGGGAGUUUUUUAUGAUUAACCAUUAGCCAUUUGGAUUUUCUCUAAUGUAAAUUUCCCACUUACAUUCUGUGCUAUCUGGAAUAAGAUAAAUGAAUGAAGUAUUUCAAGAAUUUACUGUGGGGGUACCGGAGUGGCUCAGUCGGUUAAGUGCCAACUCUUGAUUUUGGCUCAGGUCAUGAUAUCACAGUUUGUGGGAUCAAGCCUGGCAUCCAGCUGUAUCUGAUACCAUGGAGCCUGCUUGGGAUUCUCUCCCUCCCUCUCUCUCUGCCCCUCCCCUGUGCUUGCACACAUGUGUGUACACCCUCUCUCUCAAAAAUAAAUAAACUUUUAAAAAAAUCUUAAAAUAGUUAACAUAACUAUACUCUAGUACGGUAAUGAGAUGGGUAAAUAAUUUAGAGAAAAAUAGAACUUGAAAGUACGUGAUUUUUAAUAGGAUCCUUUUUAAUUAAAAACAUACCAUUAACAAAGUGCUUAUUAUGUGUCAGGCAUUGUGCUAAGCACUUUGUAUACGUUACUUCGUUUGAUCUUCAAAACACUCUAUUAAGUAGAAAUUAUUCUUAUUUUGCCUAAGGUCACACAACCAUUAGCCAUUGGAACUCAUUGCAAACCCAGGUAUAUCUGGCUGUAAAGCCUGUUCUAACCAUUAUCUUGCCUUCCCAUAAAAAAAAAAAAAGUCUCUAAAAAUUUACAGAUCCAAUAAAAGUCACACUUAGUGGCAUGCAAUUUUAUAGAUAGUAAAAAUAGGUUAGUAAAAACUAUAGAUAUUUAUAGUUUAUAAACAAUAAAUAGUAAGUUCUUAAGGUACAUAAAAUGAAUAAAAAUAAAUAUAUAUUUGGAUUUUAAUUAGUAAAUCUGGCUGAAAAUAAAGAAAGGUACACAACUUUUACAUUACUGCACAGAUAAUAUAAAGACAAGACGGAGGUGGCACAGUAGAGUCAUGUUCUUACAUUCCACCUCCUAAAUACAGAGCAUGGCAUAUAAAAUGGGAAGUGGGAAAAUGAGAAAGAUAUUCACGGACUGAAGAACACAAACACAAAACACUGAGCAGAGCUGAAGCUAAUGUCUGGUGAACUCUGGGUCCAGAAGGCAGUGACAGCUUAAGUUUCUGUUCACGUGGAAUAAGCAAAACUAAAACUGCUUCCAUAAGGCAAGAUUUGAAGGUAGGCUUUUAACUAAACCUGACAGGACUAUUUUCCCUAAUUCUUAUCCUAAGGUGAGGUUUUGCUAAGCAAGAAAAUAACAAUAGACUUGGUAUAGCAAUGAGGGAACUGAGCUAGGAUAGGUAGAAGAGAUAAACUGAGAAAAUUAUUCCGGACUUCCCUUAGAAACAAGAUUCGAAGGCUAUCUGAGCCUGGGUUUAACUUGAUGUAAUUAUUUAUGCCUAUAGUUAAGAAAAUGUAGCAUUAAACUCCUAAGAGGUUAUAAGGUAAGGUCAUUAUUCUAUAAAAGUAACUGUUUUUCUCUAUAAAAUGCAGUUAUAAAUUCUAACCCUUCCAGACAAAGAUUUAAGGUUUUUUUAUAUGUUUCUUUUUUUUAAUGUUUAUAUAUUUAUUUUGAAGGAGAGAGAGAGAGCAAGCCUGCAUGCAUACACACAGGCACCUAAGCAGAGGAUGGGCAGAGAGGGAGGAAGGAGAGAAUCCCAAGCAGGGCCAUGCUGUGAGCUCAGACCCUGACUUGGGUCUUUAUCCCACAAACUGUGAGAUCAUGACCUGAGCCAAAACCAAGAGUCGGAUCCUUAACUGACUAAGCCACCCAGGUGCCCAGAUUUAAGUUUUUUUCCACUGAGAAUUACAAAGACACAUUUCCAGAAUCUGUUUUAAAUUCUGGGAUAGAAUUUUAAAGCUUUGUAUUCUGUGAUAGGCAGAAUACGGAUGCCCUAAUCCCCAGAACCUGUGAAUAAGUUACCUUACACAGCAAAAGGGACAUUGCAGAUGUAAUUAAAUCAAGGAUCCUGGACAGGGAGAUUGUCCUGGAUUAUCUGGGUGAGCCCAAUGUAAUCACAAAUGUUGUAAGAGGAAGGUAGGAAGUAAAGGCCAGAGGAGAUGUGAUGACAUAAGCAGAGGUACGAAGAUGUGGGGUCAGGGACCAAGGAAUGCAGGCAGCCUCUGGAAGCUGGAACAGACAAGGAAACAUCUCCCCCCAGAGCCUCCAGAAGGAACAUGGCCCCACCAACACCUUGAUUUUUGCCAUUUUGGAUUUCUGAUCUCCAGAACUGUAAGAUAAUAAGUUUAUGUUUUCCUUGUUUCCCUCUCUCUCCCUCUCCCUCUCUCUCUUUGGGGUGUGUGUGUGUGUGUGUUUUGUUUUAUUUUUAGAGACAUGGAUGAUCCAUUAAGUUUGAUGAUCCAUUUAAGUUUGUGCUGUUUUAAGCCACUAAAUUUGUGCUAAUUUGUUACAGCAGCAACAGGAAACUGCAUUCCAACUCUUUUUAGACAUAUUUCUAAUAUGGAGAAUUUGUUGUCGUUGUUGUUGUUGCUGGUGUUAUUAAGAAAAGGCAAAUGAGAAGGAAUUCUAGGAAGAUAGCAGCUUAUUUUGCCUUUUUUACAUUCCCACACUCCUCAGUAAGCAGAUAUACAAAUUAGAGUUACAAUGAUGUAUAUGUAACCUUAUGGUCAUCAAAAUGUCAAAAAAUUUAGAUUCCAUUUAUUAGUGGAAGAGAUGGAGAAGGAGGAGAAUGUUUUCAUAUAUUGCUGGCGAAAAGCAAUCGGUAUUACCUAUUAAAAUGAAAAAUACAUUUAUCUUUCCAAGCAACAAUCCCACUCCCAGAAAUCUAACCCACAGAAAUAAAAGCACCUUUACUAAAGACGUAUUUAAAUAUAUUUAUGACAUUUGAUUACAGUGGAACAAACUAGAAACAAAGUGCCCAUCAACAGGAUAAUACUUAAUAAAUUAUGGCACUUCCAUACCAUAGAAUGGUAUGCAACCAUUAAAAAGAAUUAGAGAAUAAAGUUGAACCCCUGUCUCACACCAUAUGUAACAAUUCAAGUUAAUUCACAAUGGAUCAAGUCCAAAUGUAAGAACUAAAACUAGAAAGUUCUUAGAAGAAAACAGGCAUGAAUCUCCAUAACCAUGAAUUAGGCAAUGAUUUCUUAGAUAUGACACCAAAAGCACAAGAAACAACAAAAAAAAAAUAGGUAAAUUAGGUUUCAUAAGAAUUUAAGAUGUUUCUAAGGACAAAGUUGAAGACAACCCACAGAAUGGGAGAAAAUUGUUUAUAUGUGUAAUAUCUACAGUAUAUAAGAAUUCUUACAAUUCAACAAUAAAACACAACCCAAUUAAAAAUGGGUAAAGGAUCUGAACAGACACUUCUCCAAAGAAAAACAAGCCAAUAAGCACAUGAAAAGAUGGUCAACAUAAUUAACCAUCAGGGAAAUGCAAAUCGAAACCACAGUGAGAUAACUCUUCACACAUAGUAAGAUGGCCACGAUCAAAAAGGCUGAUAAAAACAAGUGUCGGUGAGGAUGUAGAGAAAUUGUAACCCUUGUGCGUCACUAGUCAGAAUGUAAGAUGGUACAGCCUUUUUGCAACAUAGGCAUUUCCUCAAAAAACUAAACACAGAAUUACUAUAACCUAGCAAUUUUCCUAGGUAUAUUACCCAAGAGAAUCUAACUUAUGUCUACACAAAAACUUGUACACACAUGUUCAUAGUACAAUUAUUCAUAGUAGCAAAAAGUGAAAACAA